GUACAGGUGCAGAAUCUCAGGCAGCAGCUACACCUUCUACCAGUCUGCUUCCAGUAGCAGCUGAGAAAGAGGGGAACAGAGAGGAAUUUGUAACCACAUUUUUAGCUUGUGUUCCCCAGUCAACCCCACUGAAAUCAUAUGACAGACAAAGAUCUGUGGAAGAAGCUAAGGAUUCCGUGUCAAAACUUCGGUUGGUGCUAUCAACUCCAGAGUCAGCGAAGGACCCAUCCCGUCCAUCAAAAUCAGUGACAUACUAUGCCAUGCCUGUCAUAAAGUCCUUUCAAUCUGGAAAUUCUGGAAAAAAUAGGCUCGCUGGGGAAGGUGACACUAUUGCAAGACCCUCCAAAACAAGGAACAGUUUAAAACAAACAACUGCAACAUCUGAUCUUCUGCAUUCUGCUGCGGGUUCCAAGAAAAUUACUACAAAGGUCCUGGAAGAUGUUACAGCCAGUUGUGACGAAGAUCUUGAUAUUUGUGACCUGGACAGUGUGGCCAGCAGUGUGGACAGCACAGCAGAGGAGAUGUUUAUUGAUGGUCUUGACCCUGUUCUAGAUGGGCCUUCACAUGACAUUUACUCACCAGAGGAGGACUGCGAUUCAGAGCCUUCACAUGACAUUUACUCACCAGAGGAGGACUGUGAUUUAGAGGCCAGACCACAGCAGAGAAAGAGAUCACGUCUGUCUUGCACAUCUUCUACUGCUGGAAGAAAUGGAAGGGAAAGUGAAAACUAUGGUUCAUCUGGAAUUUCAAAUGAAAAGUGGCAUAGCUCAGAUGAUGCAGAUAUUAAGCCACCCCAUCUAGACUUCACACCCGUCCAAGAACCUGGGCCACAGAUUUUAUCAAAUAGAUGCACUAGUCCUCUUCAAUUUUUCCAGCUGCUGUUUCCAAAAAAAAUGUGGCAGACCAUUGUAGACCACACUAAUGACUAUGGAGCCAAGUGCCAAGGGAGAAAGGGCAAAGUGUGGGAGUACAUUUGUCAAAAAGACUUGAAGUCGUACAUAGCACUGGUAAUUUACAUGGGUAUGUUCAGGUGCUCUUCAUUGACAGACUAUUGGAGUGAGUCUGAGCACUUCAGUCUGUCCUUUCCAGCAAAAAUCAUGUCUUACAAGAAAUUUCUGUCAAUCUCCAAAGCCCUUCAUCUAAGUGAUAGGAAGGAGGAUGAGAAGAACAGUUUUAGGAAGGGAACAACAGGCUAUGAACGGUUAGGUAAAAUUCAACCUCUGUAUCAAGUCAUUCGUGAGGCCUGCAAGACCUUUUUUCAUCCUUUUCAGAACAUCACCAUCAUUGAAAGAAUGGUCACAUCACAGGAGAAACCUGUACUGAAGCGCUGCGUGAAAAACAAAUCCCCAAAUAUGGGAUACAAACUCUUUGCUCUGACAGACUGCACCUGUGGCUAUACGUGGGACUUCUUUAUUUACGAGGGGAAGUCAUGUGCCUCACAGAAUGUGGGCCUGAGCUAUGAGUCCGUUAUGGCAUUGGUGGAUGAAAAUAUGUUGGGCUCUGGGUACAAAUUGUUUGUGGACAAAUUUUACACCAGCCCCACACUCUUCAGGGACCUCUUGUAUAAAAAGAUCUGGGCUUGUGGCCCCAUUUGGGCAAACAGAAAGGGUUUCCCAAAAACAGUCAUGGACAGAUUGUCAAAGAACGCUCCACGUGGCACCAUGCGCUGGAUCAGGGAUGACAGUCUUCUGUUUGUUGAGUGGAAAGACUCGCAGGAAGUGCAGAUGUGCUCCACCUUCCAUAAAGCUUAUGACGGUGAUACUGUGCAGAGAAAGGUGAAGGGUAAUGCACAUCGGACCCUUGUGGAGGUUCCCAUUCCAGCUGUGGUGCUGGACUACAACAGGAACAUGGAAGUAGUUGAUUCGUCAGAUCGCAUUACUGGACAUUACCGAGCUCUGCUUGAACCAAGAAAGUGGUAUCAGUGUGUGUUUUACCACUUUUUGGACAUCAUUGUAGAGAACGCAUACAUCAUGCAUGAACUAAUGACCAAGGGAAAGAAUAAGAAGACUUUGACCAGAAAGGCAUUCUUGGAGGUGCUUAUUUUAGAGCUUACAGAAAUGUGUCCUCAGGACUAAGCACCGGUUCCCUCAGUUCCCUCUUCUUCCGGAUUCUCCUUUUAAGUUCCUGCUAUAUUCCAUAAGCAAAAACAGACAACAGCGGAAGUACAGGCUCUGCAGCCAGAAAACACCAGCCACAUGUGAGACUUGUGAUGUGAUGUGCUUUCAGCCCAAGAGGGACCAACAUGAGAGGCUAUUGAUUUAGGUCUUCAGUAUAUGUUUUAUUAUAAUUUCCCCACUGUUCAUUCAUGGUGCAUUCAUUC